AAACUUUUAAUACACAUGAGGGCGCCAACCGACAAAGAAAGGAAAAAGGGAAAAUACCAGACAGACUUCCUCCUGCGUAAAUCUGACACUUCAGUCUUAGUCAAGAACAUAGAAUUCAAAAGAUUAUGCAUAAUUACCAUGAGGCAAUUACUUGCUUUUCUUUUUUUACUAGUUCUGUUCGAUAUUAAUAUCUGCAGUAAAUACAAUAUCUUUAUUCCAAUCGAUCAAAUCACGGUUACAACACUUCUUCCUAAUGCUACCUACCAGGUGACUGUAGGCAACAUCAGUACCUCGGCUACGUUCCUCACUUUCCAGGCACAUAGUCUCCACAAUGUAAUAUAUGCUUCAACGACAGAGGUUCCUUCAACAGAUACAUCUAUGACAGGGCCAAGCGUCGGACUUGUGCUGUAUCUGGACCUUCAUCAGGUAGAGGUGGUUUGGUACGUAAAGAAUAAAGAGACACAUGCAGUGUCAGCACAGCUUACAGUGAUGCAGUAUGGCAAUGACAUCAACUUUCCAACCCCUCCUGUUCCUGGAGGCUGCUGUUUGACCUCUAACCUUGAGUUAGAUGCCAACAUCCACAUCGCUUGGAGCAAUUAUUUUCAGAGCUCAGUGGAGUUUUCACAAGCAAACGUUGGUGUACCACAUGGCAUUCUUCCGAAACCUGUUUGCUCCAUGACACAUGCUUUGCAGUUCAGGCUUCACUAUGGUCUAUAUAUUUACUACCUACCACGUUUUAAAAAUAGCGAGUCUUCAUAUUUUGAAGGAAUACAGAAGAUGAUGACCGUUGAUGGUGUCAGAAAAUAUGGCACAAAGGUUGCUUCGUACACAAAUAAAUUUCAAGGAAAGGUAAUCCUAUCAUCAAUCCAAGGACAAGGUGUGGUUUACAAUGUUAUAGUUACAGAUCCGGUGGCCAAUCACAGCUCAGCAGCUUAUGUACCAAUGGUGAAUUUUGCAUGCACAUAUGAUACCACUGACCACAAUCAACCCAGCUGUACUAAUAUCUUGGAGCCUGGCUUUAUAACCAUGUACGUUGGCUUAAGUAUUUUAGGCUUCAUACUGUGUUUUUCUGGCCAUUACUAUUUCAAAAUUGAGGUGUUCUUCUUUGGAGGUCUAACUAUUGGGAUUCCAGCAUUCCUCAUAUUCUCAACAUCUUCAAAUAUAUUUACUGAUGCAUGUAUUGUACUGGGGUUCACAUUUGGUGGCAUAGGAGGUGGAAUUCUCUUCAUUUUGUGGUGGCUCUAUGGUAAAGUUCUUCCUACAAUGCUCAUCGUAGCGAUUAACUUUGGGUACUUGUUUGCAAGCUGUGCAUUCUUCAUUGGACCAUUAGGAAAUAUGAAUGUUUGGAGUGACAACAUAGCCUAUGGAUUGACUUUUACAAGCGCUAUAUUACUCGUACCGAUCUUCACCAUCCCAUUCACACGCAAGCUGAGUCUGUUAGCUACAGCAUUAUGGGGUUCGUACCUGAUUAUGAGCUUGAUAAGUUAUGUAUCAAAGUCAACGCUCCAUCUCGUCGUCAUAUACCCGCUUGCUAGGACAGUUUUUGAGGACUUCAACAAUAAUCUCAUAUUUCUACCAUAUGCCAUGCAAGAUAUUAUCAUUAUUGUGCUGUGGGUCGUACUCGCUAUCGCAGGGGUGAUCACACAACACUUACUCACACGAAAGGAUCAGCGAGACUUUCCCGAAUGCCCGGCUGUGUUAUACGCCAAAAGAAACAUAGAGUUUACUCCACAAGAACAGCAAAUACCACCAAUAGUUGAUGCUAAUGAGAGAACACCACUCCUGCAAGAUACAAGAUGAGUGGUAAAAAACAGAAGGAUGUACAGUAUAUCUUUAAAGGUAAAUAUCUCAGGAUUAUUCCAACCUCACGGGUGAGAAUAGUAAAAAGAGAUGUCCACUGUAAACCUUGAAACGCCAGGUCAUCUGAAAACAAGAGUUCUUGACAGUAAUAAAAGGCUUUUGCUAUGUUGCCUCCAACAUGGCAUGGUGUUGAUGGUAGGCUGCAUGCUGAUGUCAACAAUCCAGUGACAUAAAGAAUGUUUCCUUUUUUAUCAUAUAUUAUGGGAUGAAUGCUGCUACUGUAUAUGUAAUAUUUUCAUUAUAAGCUGUAAAUCAUAAAGUUCUUCAAAAUUGUCAUAACACAUAGAACUCAAAAAUAUAUUAUAUUCUUUUAAAUAAUAUCCAAACAUAGCCUAAAAUAUAUUAUACAAGACAUUUAAUAAUAUAAAUUGCUAAUUAAGUUUUGUAAAAGUAUUUUAAACAUCCUUGAAGAUAUUGUAAAUAUAUUUUGAACUAAAGCUGCUGUACUUAAAUGAUUUACCAUAUUUUUUGUUGAAAUGAUUUUGUCUAUUUUUAGUGUACUGUAUUAUUCUGUUUAUAUUUUGUAAGAAUUGUGUAUCUGUUUAUAAUUUCUAACCUAAUGAUGUUUGGCAUCAAUUAUUGAGGCAAUUAUGAUUGAGAAUAUAAAAAAUUUACCUAUCUAUACAUUUGUCUUUCUUCAUUGAAUAUCUGCUCAAUGUUAAUAUUUUGUAAAUCAACGAUUGUUAAUAUGAUUACUGAUGCAAUUACGAUUAAAUUAGAGAAUAUAAGAACAUA